AGUCAUUAAAUAGGCUGUUGCAUCGGCGUAUCGUUGCAUUGGUAAUUCCGUUUUGAUGCUGGUAAAAACCCAUAAAAACGUGCAUCGAUUUUUAAUUAACAAAUCAAACAUAAAGUCGAGUGCAGUGUUUAUACUCAUACUUGACCUAAACCGUGGAACACGCAAGGUGCAUGUGAGAUAACAUUUUUUCGACCCAAAAUGAGUCACCACUGGAUAGAGCGGAACAUCAUCAGGACCGAGGAUUUGAACAUACCUUGCGGGGACCUCAAAGGAGUGGGAAACGUAUUCUUUCAAAGACUGAAAUCUCACGGCAGUAAAAUAGCGCAGAUACAAGCAGCCACAGGGGAAAAAGACAGCUUCGAAUCUCUUCUGCAGAGGAGCGUUCGAACGGCUAUAGCACUACAGAAAAGAGGGAUAAAAAAGGGGGAUAUAGUUACAGGAUGUUCGGAUAAUCAUCUAAACGCUUGCGUGCCCAUUCUGGCUUCUUUCUUCAUAGGAGCCAUACCAUGCUCCCUAGACCCGACUCUUUCUAACAUAGAAAUGGAAAAUCUAAUUGCAUCGGUAAAACCGAAGAUCGUAUUCACGAUAAAAGAGAGCCUAGAGAGCGUAGUUCGUUACACCAAGGCGGCCGGACUGGAGUCCGAGAUAGUUGUUUUCGGCGACACCGAGCAAUACACGCCCUUCUCCGAAUUCCUCCAGCCCCAGCCCGAAGAAGACGAUUUCGCGCCCAUCACCGUCGAGGAUAGCUCGGAAACGUGCGUUAUUUACUUCAGCAGCGGCACAUCAGGAUUUCCCAAAGGCAUCUGCAUUAACCACUACUAUUACUACCAUCAUUCGCCGCUGAUACCGCCAGCGAAGAACAACGAUGUCGAUGUACAGAGGCAAAUGUACGAAAAUUACAUCAGGAAAAAUUUUACUACCAGUUUCCUCACGUACGGGUCGAUGUAUUGGAAUUCCUCCGGUAUGGGAUUGUUCCUUUCGGCCAUUACUGGCGUCACCAGAUUGCUAUCGAGCGAUUUCAACGCCAAGGAAUUUUGGUACCUAGUCGAUAAAUACAGUGUAUCCGGCGUAUUUCUGACGCCUUACCAGAUAACAGAAUUGGUGAAGUGCGGGAAGCCAUCGGACGUGUCCUGCGAAUCUUUGGUGAGGAUCAACACGGGCGGGUCGUCGCUAUCCAAACGAAUUACCUUCGAGCUACAGGAACUCCUGCCCGAAACCGACAUUGUACCGUGCUAUGGUCAAACGGAGGUCGGUAUACUGGCCAGUUUCCAGUUGCACAACAAAACCCAGAGGGAGUUGUACAAGAAGGACCCCGACGUGGUCGGUAUGCCCAUGAGAGGAGUAACUUAUAAGAUCGUCGAUCCUGAAACGGAGGAAAUACUAGGCCCUAACUGUCCAGGGGAGCUUCGCGUUAAAUCCAAAACGGUUAUGAACGGUUACUACAACAGGGAUUUCUCCAAUCGAUACGACAAAGACGGCUGGUUUCGCACUGGAGAUGUCGUGCAAUACGACGAAGAUUGCUAUUUUUACGUUGUAGACAGACUAAAGGAAAUGUUAAAGUACAGAGGCUGGCAUAUUCCCCCAGCGAUUCUGGAACUCGAGCUGUCCCAUCAUCCUGCAGUCAGGCAAUCUGUUGUUGUGGGUAGAAAGCAUGAGGAGGAUGGCGAUCAUCCGAUGGCGUUGAUCGUGUUGGAAGACAACUACAAAGGCAAAAUAAGCGAACAAGAAAUAGUGGAGUAUAUCGAUAAAAGGGUGCAAGAGAAGCAACGAUUACGAGGCGGUGUAAUUUUCAUUGAUAACAUACCGCUUACACCUUCAGGGAAAGUGAAACGGAAAGAAUUGAAAGUAAAGUAUUGUACAGGUUAUCCGAAGAGACCUUCUAUUCAAUAACAUGUGUAUUAUAGAUAUAAAUAUUUAUGUAAUUUUUAAUUAAUUUAAUAUUGGCAUGUGUCUAACAAAAGUUUGUCAUAAAAUAACUACUGUAA